AUGCUAGAUUUGUCAAAUCAUGAUCAAUCAAUUCAAGUUGUUCUUGAAAAGCAUUCCGAGAAGGAAAAAAGUGAUUAUAGAAUGCGUUUGGAAGCCUCAAUUGAUGUGGCAAGACUUCUUUUGCAUCAUGGGUUGCCUUUUCGAGGUCAUGACGAAAGUGAAUCUUCAACAAAUCAAGGCUUCUUUCUAGGAUUUUUACGAUGGCACGGGGACAAACAUCCGGAUGUGGGAAAAGUGAUACUAGAAAAUGCUCCACAAAAUGAUACUUUGACUUGUCCUAUGAUCCAAAAAGACAUUGUCAAUGCUUGUGCAAAAGAAACGGUGAAAGCUAUAAUUGGAGACUUGAAUGGAGAUUACUUUGGUAUAUUAGUGGAUGAGUCCAAAGAUAUCUCACACAAAGAACAAAUGGCUCUCGUGUUGCGGUAUGUUGAUAAGAAUGGUGAGGUGGUAGAACGAUUUAUCGGUCUAGUCCAUGUUAGUGAUACAUCGGCAUGCUCAUUAAAGAAAGAAAUCUACUCUUUGCUUUCCAAUCACUCACUAAGUCCAUCUAAAAUACGUGGACAAGGUUAUGACGGAGCUAGUAAUAUGAGAGGAGAGAUAAAUGGUCUCAAAACUUUGAUUAUGAAAGAUAGUCCAUCGGCAUAUUACAUUCAUUGUUUUGCUCAUCAAUUGCAAUUAACACUUGUAGCUAUUGCUAAAAAACAUGGGGAUGUUGAAGACUUCUUUGAUCAUGUUACUAAUGUGUUGAAUGUUGUUGGAGGAUCUUUUUUAAGCGUAGAGAUUUAA